GCGCCGUAUGUCAACAAAACCUGAACAGGACGAUUUGCCUGCCUUUUCACGGUCCCGUCUGUAGUCGUCAAGGAUGGGGAAGUUUAUGAAACCCAACAAGGUGGUGAUUGUCCUUCAAGGGAGGUACGCUGGCAGAAAAGCCAUCAUUGUAAAGAAUCAAGACGAUGGCACAAGUGACCGUACAUAUGGACAUGCUCUCGUAGCUGGAAUCGACAGAUACCCUCGCAAAGUAACAAAACCUAUGUCAAAGAAAAAAGUAAAAAAGCGAUCUAAAGUGAAGAGCUUUGUGAAAGUCAUCAAUUACAAUCACUUGAUGCCAACAAGAUAUUCCGUUGACGUUCCCAUUGACAAACAAGUUGUUAAUAAAGAGGCAAUCAGAGAUCCUGCUGGUCGACGAAAAGCGAGGCGAGAAGUUAAAUCAAAAUUAGAAGAGAGAUACAAGACCGGCAAGAACAAAUGGUUUUUCCAGAAGCUUCGAUUUUAAAAUACUUACGAAGUUUGAAAUAUAUGUCAUAAAACCAUUA